AUGGGAUCCAUAGCCCCAGCAGAUGAUACACCCCAGACAGGGACCGAGUUCCCGUUCCCUAUUGUGUCCUUCCAACCCUUCCUGGACGCGACUCCAGAAGGCAAGAAGGAGGUGGCAGAUCGUCUAUACGAUGCCUUCCACAACUUCGGAUGGGUCUACCUGAAGGACUUUGGUAUCUCCCAGGCCGAGAUCGAUGAGAUGUUCCGCAGGAGCAAGCAAUUCCACGACCAAUCGAUCGAGUGGAAGGAAAAAUUCAGACUGAAUGAUCCUUCAGUAAGCCAAGGGUACACCGCCGACGGCGCUGAGUCCAGCGACCCUCACGGCGGUCGAAGCCACAAAGAAUGCUAUGAGCACCGCAAGGUGAACAAGCUCUGUCCUGCUGCUGGUGAGCUGGACGAGUGGACUCACUGGGCCGAUUCCUUCUACAAGAAACUGCUCGACUUGGCGGGUCAAGUCGCCUCCGCCCUCGCCAUGGUCCUGGGGGAAGACGUAGACGAAUUCCGAAGCAAACUCGGCCAGCUCGACGGCCAGCUACGACUGCUCCACUACAUGCCCGUGGCACGCAAGACUCUCGAGUCCGGGCGCAACUUCCGCAUCAACCCGCACUGCGACUAUGGUCUCUUUACCCUCCUCUUCCAGGAUACGGUGGGCGGUCUCGAAGUCGACCGGUUCCACGAUGGCAAGUUCGUAUCAGCCACGCCUAUUCAGGGAACCUGCGUCAUCAACGUCGCCGACAUCCUCCAGCGUCUUUCCAACGACGGUCUUCGCUCCACGCGCCACCGUGUCAUGGCACCAAAGCUGUCUCAGAAGCAGCUGGACGCCCUUGGCCCCGAUGGAUACCUACCCGCUCGGUAUUCCACGGCGGUCUUUGUCCAUCCGAACCGUGGCUUCCUGAUCGAUCCUAUCGUCAAAGAGGGUGACGAGGCUCACUACGAGCCUUGCGUGGCUGGCUUGUGGAGAGACGCCAUAACCGCGAAGAACUACAGACUGCCUAUCCCGAUGGACACCCCUGAGCAGAUCCAGGCGGCCAAGUGUGUGGAAAAUCGUUACAUGAUGGCCGCGAAUAUUGAGAAGAAGCCUCGUGUUAUUUGA